AUGCUGAUCGAACAAAUUCCAACUUCAUCCUCGUCUUCCAGUGCCCGUGCCGACAGCGAUAACCAAGAAGCCUCCUCCCAAGCCCAAAUUGAAAACCCUAGCCCAUCCUCCCCGCCUCCACCACAAACAAGCGCCGCUCCGCCUCCCGAGGUGGACGAAGAAGCUAUCAAGCGCCUAUAUAGGAUCCUUCGGAGCAUGCCCUCCGAUACGGAUAUACCGACCGUUUACACCACCAUUAUAGCCCGACUGGGGAUUUCCUUGUCAAGGGACCGAGCCACAACUUCCACACCCCAAAAUCCUCCCCAAAACCCUCCAUCCUCUUCCCAAACACUGACCCUCCGUCACACCCCAACGCCUACACCUGGGUUUCCACUAGUACAGUAUAUUGGAGACGAUUCUGAUGAAGAAGGGGUGCAGCCGGCCGCCACUCCAGUCGCCGAAUCAGAGGACGUGCCGGCACAACCGCAUGCAUAG